GGCUUUUGUGCGAUCAGAGAGGUUAGGACAACAUGACUGCUGGGUAACAAAGCCCUCAUGCUUUUCUGCUCGGGAGAGACUGAAAGAUCGUCUCAAGACACCAGCACAAUAAAAAAAAAAAAAAGGUUUUAAAAAGUGAUUUCCAGGAAAAGGUGUGGAGUUUAUGUGGAGGGGGUGUGUGUGAGGCCCCAGGUUAGUGCACAGACGUGAAACAGCGUCAUGGAGGACGGUGGCCUGAGAUUAUUGUCCGCUGUGCUUUGUGUGUGCCAUACUCUGCUCCUCAACUGCCCAACUGUUCUUUCUUUCUCUUUCCGUGCGGAGCCUCUCUCAGCGAUUCUGAAGCAAGGUUCUUCAGUCCACCUACAUUGCACAACACAUCCAGCCACUGCCAGAAUCAGCUGGCUGUUUCAAGGGCAACCACUAGAUCCCAGUCACCAUUCUGGAGUGGAACUAAGUCAAGACUCCCUCUCACUGUCAAACCUCCAACCGGCUCUCACAGGCUCCUACCAGUGCUCGGCUCGCUCUGAGACAGGCUCCAUCAUCAGCAGGCAUGCACGAGUUACCAUUGCAGAUAUUGAGGAGUUUGCGGAAACCCAUCGGAGGUCAUUUACUGUAAAUAAGGGCGACACUGCUGUUAUUGAAUGUCCACUUCCGCGCAGCAAUCCACCUGCUCUUCCACGCUUCCGGAUACGGGGGAAAUGGCUGGAACAGUCUACAGACGAGUAUUUAAUACUGCCCUCCGGGAACCUUCAGAUUGUGUCUGUGUCUUCAGAACAUCAGGGAAUGUAUAAAUGUGGAGCUUAUAAUCCUUUAACUCGAGAGACUCGCGUAGAGGCUCAUGGCACUAAACUCUUAGUCAAAGAUUCAGAAAGCUCUUCACCUGUAAGGAUUGUCUAUCCCAUCACACCUCGCAGUCUUACUGUGGACCAGUCUGGAUCUCUAACCCUUGAGUGUGUUGUAUCAGGAAGUCUUUCUUCAAAGGUCAAAUGGAUGAAAAAUGGGGCAGAGCUAUCACUGAGCUCCAAAAGGAUGUUAUCGCAUAGCAACCUGGUGUUGAAUGACAUUCAGCCGGGUGAUGGAGGACAUUAUAGCUGCUCUGUUCCUACUGACCGUGGAGCUGUGGUCAGUGUCAACUACACUGUGAAUGUGCUUGCACAUGUAUCCAUCCUGCGAGGUUUGUCAGAUCAGGCUGCAGUUGCUGGAUCCUCUGUGAGAUUUACCUGUGCUGCCAGUGGCAAUCCAACCCCCAACAUCACAUGGCUCCUUAACGCUGCCCCUUUAUCUUCUUCACCCCGCCUCAAAAUCUCUGGCACCUCCCUUCUCAUCUCUUCAACAACGCUUCAAGAUCAGGGAAUCUACCAGUGCAUGUUUGAUAAUGGCAUUAGCUCUGCACAAUCCACAGGAAGACUCAGUAUCCAAUCAGAACCACAGUCUAGUUCCAUAUCUGCAGUUCCAGUGAAGACGCAACCUUCUGUUCACCCAAUCCAGAGUGAUGAGGGUGAUGAACUGUUCCUCUCCAUGGGGGAGGCGGCGCUUGGAGAAACUGUAGGACCGCCCACCGAGAGAAUCGGCGACAGACCCACACCAGAAGCACCAAUCAUAAUCAGCCCUCCUCAAACACACAAACCCAACAUGUACGAUCUGGAGUGGAGAGCAGGCCGAGACUGGGGCAUCGCUAUCAUCGCAUACUUUGUCAAAUAUCGCAAGGUGGAUGAUAUGGGAAAUGUGGUGGGGAGCUGGCACACGGUGCGGGUACCCGGCAGCGAGAAGUCUCUGCCCUUGUCAGAGCUGGAGCCGUCCAGCCUGUAUGAGGUCCUGAUGGUGGCUCGCAGCGCUGCUGGAGAGGGACAGCCGGCCAUGCUGACCUUCCGAACCGGAAAAGAGCGGGCGUCCCCCAAUAAGAAUCCCUCCAAAGCUCCAAUUGUGUCUCUACCAGAGAAAACUCCAGAAGAUAAAACUACUAACACUUAUUAUGGAGUGGUCAUACAUGACAGAGUUCCUGAGGCUCCAGACCGCCCCACAAUCUCAAUGGCGACAGAAAGUUCUGUUUACGUCACAUGGAUACCUCGGGCCAAUGGUGGCUCUCCCAUCACUGCAUUUCGCGUGGAGUACAGAAAACAGGGGCGUAAUGGAGACUGGAUCAUUGCAGCUGAUAACAUCUCACCGCUUAAACUGUCAGUGGAAGUGCGCAACCUUGAGCCAGGUUCCACUUACCGUUUCCGUGUCAUUGCCAUGAAUAACUAUGGUGAAAGCCCAGCUAGCGCCACCUCCAGGCCAUACCAGGUCUCCAUGUCAAGUUCACCUGUCUCGAACCGUCCAGUCACUGGGCCUCACAUCUCUUCCACUGAUGCUGUUAGUGAUACUCAGAUUCUGUUACGCUGGACCUACACUCCAUCCAGCAAUAACAACACUCCCAUCCAGGGCUUCUACAUCUACUAUCGGCCAACAGACAGCGACAAUGACAGCGACUACAAGAAAGAUGUGGUGGAAGGCUUCAAAUUCUGGCACAUGAUUGGUGAACUCCAACCCGAGACAUCUUAUGACAUCAAGAUGCAGUGCUAUAAUGACGGCGGCGAGAGCGAAUACAGUAACGUCAUGAUCUGCGAGACCAAAGCCCGGCAGCCUCCAGGUGUGCCUAGCCUGCGUCCUAUCACUCCUCCAGGCUUCUAUCCUGCUGAUACACCCAGCCAGCCGGGCGGCCUGCUCUACCUGAUCGUGGGCUGUGUUCUGGGCGUCAUGGUGCUCAUUCUGCUUGUCUUCAUCGUCAUGUGCUUAUGGAGGAAUAGACAGCAGAACAGUAUGCAUAAAUACGACCCUCCAAAUUACAUCUACCAGUCAGCGGAGAUGAACGGCCAUGUUCUGGAUUAUUCUGCUCUGCCCGGCUCCAGUCAUGUGAAUGGCAGUGUGCACACGGGGUGCGGACACACGGCUCCCAUGAUGCCCCAGACCUGUCAUCAUCUCCAUCACAAACUGCCCAACGGACUGGCUCUGCUGAACGGAUCAGGAGGCCUGUACCCUGCUGGACACCCUCACGCACACGACACCUCGCUACACCAAAAUAACAUGGAAUACGAGCACCCGUCCCCUCAUCACCUACACAACGGUGGAGGAAUAUACACGGCUCUGCCCCAGAACGACUCGUCCGACUGCAUGAGCUGUCAGAACUUCUGCAACAACAACAGGUGUUACACAAAAACCAAUGGCACUUUCUCCGGCGGCACUCUUCCACUAAUGCACCGCGUGGCAGCUCGCCAACCCGAUGGCCUGGAAAUGAUGCCCCUCAACCCCAUCCUGUCCCGCUGCCAUGGACGUGACAGUCCACAGCUCAACGGCUGCCAGGACAGAGACUCAGUCCAACAGGCGGAGGAGGGCAACGUGCCGCCCCUGUCUCACAAUUCCCCCUGCUUGCCUGUGGAAACAAAGUCCAGCCUGGAGCAGCAGAGAGGAGUUCAGCAGGUACAGCAUGAAGACUCGGAGGGUCCUGUGGUGUGUUGGGAACGGCUGGGACUGGAUCUAGACUGUAAGGAGAAAACAGCCUGGAUCUCUACUGGAAGCCUGACUGGAGAUCUCAUCCAGCCCACCGUGCAGGAGAUCUGAACACAUUGUUCAACAACGCGCAUAAACGCUGAAAAAAAAAAGAGAAACAAGAGAGGCAGUCGAAUAAAUAAAGGAUGCUCCCAGUGUUGGAAUGGUCAGAGACAUUGUUGUGACUUGAAGUGGACACUAACUGACUGCUGGAGAUGAAACGAAUGAAGAUAUUGGUGGAAUCAAAGACUGAAACGAUCCCGAUCAUGGGAGGACGUUAAAAAAAAAGUCAACACAAAAAAACUCUUUAGAUGACUUAUUUAUUUUUUGUAGUAGUAAAAUAUUAUUUCAUAUGAAUGUAUCUGUUGUAAGAAAAAAAGUUUCUUUUAUAUUAUUUAUGCCUUUUUUUUUGGAUGAGAAACCUUUAUUUUCUUUGUUGUUUAUUUUGUUGACUAUAUUUUUGUCUGUUUCUUCCACAAAGUGUGGAGUUUAGCCAUUGUACGUGUAAAGUUUUGUAAUAAUAUAAAGAAAAGAUUAAGUAUUAU